AUGUUUCACAGCAAAAUUAAUAAAAGGCGACAGGCUCAAAUGAUAUCUAUCAUGCAAACUUUAAAUGACUGCCCAGAUGAAGAGAGACCUCAAAAAGUACACUCAAUCAAGAUGCUGACCGCCCUAGAGUUAUUUCACACCAAGAAAUAUGACCAGGCCAUGACCAUAUUCAAACAACUAAAUAUAGAGCUCAUUGAGGUUAUCAGAUUGAUUCCCGAACUAGACAAUAAGCCUGGGAAAAAUGGGAAAAUUAAAGAAGACUCGAAGAAGGCAGUGAAAGCUUUAGUUGAGUACUUGAGAAAAUCAUUCCCUCUUUCUCACCAGUUAAAUGACUGCAACGCUUUAACCGACUUACUCCGCCUCAACAACUGCCAACUAGAAGAAGCAGAGACGAUCCUGACAGCUCACGAGAAGUUCACUGAAUUAGUGAUACUGUACCAAACGAAAGGACUGCAUCGGAAAGCCCUGCAACUACUGAAGGAUCAAGCUAAGCACUCAGAUUUUGGACAAAUGGGACAUCGUAUGACGAUCGAAUAUUUGCAACAAUUGGGGGCCGAUAACUUGGAUAUUAUCUUUGAAUUUUCUGACUGCAUCCUAAAAGAUCAUCCUAAAGAGGCUCUAAAAAUAUUCAUUGAAGACAAAGUUGAAGUGAAGAGCCUUCCCCGCCAAAGUAUUCUGGAUUUUCUAAGAAGAAAACACAAGUCCCUAGUUGUGCCUUAUUUGGAACAUAUUAUCCAUACGUGGAAUGAAAGUAAUGCUUUAUUUCAUGAUGAAUUAAUUAAUAAAUAUAGGAAGAGCAUAAUGAAUAAAGAAGCUAACAGUAAAGAAGAGCUUGACUAUAAUAUCAAGUCUAAGCUGCUGGCGUUUCUAGAGACAUCUACUCAUUACACCCCGGAGGGUGUUAUAAGACACUUUCCGACCGAUAGCUUAUUUGAGGAGAGGGCGGCCAUCUUGGAAAAGUUGGGGAGACAUGAGCAGGCGCUCGCCAUUUAUAUACACAUUUUAGGUGACGUCAACCGCGCCAUCCAAUACUGCAAGAAAAACCACAACAGCCACGACGAAGACACCCGCGACAUAUACAUCGUACUCCUACAAUUGCUUAUAAACCAGCACCAGGGCCCGGUCGGGUCUAUGGCCAAAAUACCGAGACACCCGAGAACAGAGGAACCGGAUCUGGAGACGGUGCUUAGUAUACUGGAGAAGCAUGCGGACAAAAUAUGUCCUAUUAAGGCGUUGUCUGUGCUACCCGACUCCGUGCCGCUUCCGAGACUAAAAUAUUACUUGCAGUAUGCUCUGGACAACCAGCUUGCACUUAAACGCAGUACUCAAGUGCUAAAAGGGUUGCUAUAUGCGGAAAAAUUGCAGUCCGACUCGCACUUGGCCGGUUUUUUUCAGAUAGAAGAGUUGAAAGAAUACCACGUAUCAAAGAGUAUCCUGAUCUCCGAGUACAACGUGUGCCGUGUGUGCAAGAAAAAGUUUCGUAACCAAAAUGCGUUCAUGCGAUACCCCAACGGCGCCGUCGUACACUACUCGUGUGGUUUAAACAAGUGA